CGGCGUUCAGAAGCAAUUUAGCGCACACCCCCGGGUCCUGAUUGGCUACAGUGGUGACUCCUCAUCCAUACAAGGCUAGUAUGUCCAUAUAUGGGAAGCGGGGCCCGCCUCCAGCACAGGCAUUGGGGUGACCUCUGUGCCAAUAGCUCUUACCUAAGGAAUCCCAGAGAGUGCGCAUCUCCACACACCCGCUGAUCCAGAAGGUACCACUCGCACAGUGCAAGGAGGGGAGCUGUCAGCAUGGUGAGCGAGACGGAGAGCCAGGCAGCGGGACUUUCACUGGCCGGAGAGCACAAUGCACAGGAGGCUGCGACUAACUCUGGACAAGGUGUUAAUCAUACAAGUGAUGGAAAGUUGUAUAAUGGAGUGACAGCCAUGGAAGAUAAUAAAGACACCAGUACUCAGGACGUGUUUGAUGUGAAAAUACAGCUGCCCGGUGGAGACCUUGUUGAUAUACAAGUGUCCUCUAAAGAACUGGUCCAGGAGAUUAUCCAGGUGUUAAUGGAACAUGAAGAUUCUUGUCACCGAACGUGCUUUUCAUUGCAGUUUGAGGGAAAUGUUCUAGACAAUUUCUCUGAGCUGAAGGCUGUGGAGGGAUUAAAGGAAGGAUCUAUUCUAAAAGUUGUGGAGGAGCCAUAUACAAUUAGAGAAGCUCGAAUUCAUAUUAGGCAUUUCAGGGACCUACUGAAGAGUUUGGAUCUUACUGAUGCUUACAAUGGGGUAGACUGCAGCUCCCUGUCCUUCAUGAACAUCAUCUCUGAGGGUGACAUUGGAGAUUGUCUUUGCCUUGAAAGCAAUGGUAAUGGUAAAAAGAAAAAACGCUCAUCUGCUGACCAGGGGCUCGAAGCAAUUGACUGUUCUCCUCCAGAAUAUAUACUUCCAGGAAGCACUGAGCGUCCCCUGCAGCCUCUCCAGCCCAUUAGCUGUGAUAAUAAGCCAUUACAGUGCCUUAAAUCCAUGAUAAUGAGUGGAUGGAAUCCUCCUCCUGGAAAUCGCAAAAUGCACGGGGAUCUUAUGUACUUAAAUGUCAUAACAAUGGAAGAUCAUCACAUCAACAUCACAGCUUCCAACAGAGGAUUUUACAUCAACCAGUCAACAGCAGAACUGUUCAACCCCAAACCAUCUACCCCAAGCCAUCUGUGUCACAGUCUUAUAGAACUUUUAAACCAGGUCAGCCCAGCUUUUAAGAAGAACUUUUCUGCACUGCAAAAGAGGAGAAUCCAUCAGAACCCACUGGAGCGAAUAGCAACGCCCUAUCAAGUUUACAGCUGGGUGGCCCCAAGCACAAGUCAUAUAAUUGACUGUGUAAGAGCAGAGGAUGCUUAUAACUCCCGUUUGGGCUAUGAGGAACACAUACCAGGACAGACUAGAGACUGGAAUGAAGAAUUGCAGACUACAAGGGAACUUCCACAAGCCCUUCCCACAGAGCAACAACUGAGACAAAGGGCCACCUUUAAGAUCAACUCUGAUUUUGUGGGAGCUUCUACCAGAGGGGCCAUGGCUGUAAUUGAUGGUAAUGUUAUGGCAAUUAACCCUGGGGAGGAGACCAAAAUGCAGAUGUUUAUCUGGAAUAAUAUCUUCUUUAGCUUUGGUUUUGAUGUGAGGGACCAUUACAAGGACCUUGGUGGAGACCAUGCAGCACAUAUUGCAGCCAACCAUGACUUGAAUGGAGUACAAGCCUACAGUGAUCUAGACAUUGAAGAACUUUAUUUCUUAGGAACUGUGGUUCUUGAUUACAGAGGAUACAGAGUCACUGCACAGUCUAUAAUUCCUGGAAUUCUGGACCGUAAAGAAGACCAAAGUGUUGUAUAUGGUUCAAUUGACUUUGGAAAAAUGGUUUCAUCCAGUGUCAAAUAUCUGACUUUGCUACAGAAAUCAUGUAAACCACUGAGAAUAAUGCGACAUACAGUACUGAACGAGAAGGACGAGGAAGUAAUGCUUUGUUCCUCCGUGGAGUGCAAAGGAAUUGUGGGUAAUGAUGGACGCCAUUAUAUACUGGAUCUUCUACGUACUUUCCCUCCUGACAUGAACUUCUUUCCUCUGAAGGAAAAGGAGGCAUUUAAAAAAGACUGUAGCCAUCGUUUCCCCAAGUCUUACCGUCACAAACUAUGCAAUCUCCGUCCAGAGUUAAUAGACUCUUUCUAUCAACACAAGUUUGCUCAGUUUAUGAAACUGGUAAUGGAGAAGACAAAAGAUGGAGAUUCCCAACAGAACAAUGGAAUUGCUCAUGAAUCCCAGGAAAAUGAUGGGAAGAUGGAAGCGGAUAUUGUUCGGGAAGCUUGUCGAGAAGUUGGUUCUGUCUUGGAAUAUACCUUUGACAUCCGUUUUAACCCAGACAUCUGCUCCACAGUUGUAAAGGUUCCUGAGUCCCAGAAGGCAGUAAAUCAGCUGCAGAGGCAAUUGCUGAGUGAGGCAUCUGCAUUUCUCCUGAAUGUACAGAUUCCUACUUUUAUUAAAGGCUGUCUGACUCAUAGUAUUGUUCCAAUGGACGGUAAAUCACUUACGGAGGCACUACAUUCUCACGGGAUCAAUAUUCGCUACCUUGGAUCCAUUGCAGAAACGAUAGAUCAGGUGGAAGAACGGGAGCCUUUGGAUCACGUUUAUAGAAUUGUAAUCAUGGAAAUAAUCACACGUUUGGCCAAGCAAAUUCUGCGCAAUUACCUUCAGGGAAUAGAAAUGUCAGCCUUGUCAGCAGCAGUAUGCCACUUCCUUAACUGCUUCCUGAGCUCCUAUCCUAACCCAGUGGCUCACCUGCCUCCAGAUGAGUUGAUGUCUCGCAGGCGAAAGGGAAAGAAAAAGGUUCGCCCACUGGAAAAUGGAGACAGCACUGCCUGGACUAGUAUGAGUCCAGCUGAUUUGUGGAAACAGAUCUGUGAUAAGGCCAGAGACAGCUUUGAUUUCACAUUUCCAUGUGAUUCAGUGGAUCAACUUGUUGAGAAGUUCAACCUCCAGAAAGUGACCCUCUUGCGGGAAUUCUGCAAAAAGACUGGAAUACAGGUUCUUCUACGUGAAUACAACUUUGAAAGUCGCCAUAAACCAGCACUGACAGAGGAAGACAUUUUGAAUAUGUUUCCAGUGGUUAAACACAUACACAUUAAGGCCAAAGAAGCAAAUGAGCUGGUUAAUAAAGCCCAAAUUAGCAUGCAGCAAGGGUGCCUGAAUCAAGCUGCCGUCCUAUUAAAUGAAGCCUUGGUGCACUUUAAUAGCGCAUAUGGAGCAGUGCAUCCAGAGAUUGCCGUCUGUCUGCGUUUGCUUGCCAGGGUCAAGUUUAUCUUGGGUGACAUAGCAGAAGCAUUGGAUAAUCAGCAGAAAGCUGUGAUAAUGACAGAGAGGACUCUGGGAUAUGACCACACCAACACAAUCCAAGACUAUGUCCUCCUUUCUCUCUACUGUUUUACCAGUGGGCAGUUGCCAGUAGCCUUGAAACUUUUAUACCGGGCUCGCUACUUAUUGCUGCUAGUUACGGGAGAAGAUCACCCAUCCAUGGCUACCUUAGAUAGUAAUAUUGGGGUGGUUCUCCAGGCUGUUCUCGAAUGCGACUUGUCUCUCAGGUUCCUUGAAAAAGCCUUGGAAACCAAUAAGAAAUAUUUUGGAAACAAAUCACUGGAUGUUGCCCUCAGCCAUCAUUUAAUAGCAUUGGCACAUACAAGCAAAGCAGAGUUCAGAGCAGCCAUGCAGCAAGAAAAAGAAACCUACACCAUAUACAAAGCCUUGCUGGGGGAUUUUCAUGAACACACAAAAGAAAGUUCAGCAUUCCUGAAACACGUUACACAACAAGCUGUGAACCUGCAGAGAACCAUGAAUGAGAUCUACAAAAACGGGUCUCUGACAACACUACCGCAUGUGCAGAUUGUUCCUCCUGGAAUUGAUACCCUUUUGCAACAGCUGAAUAUAAUCAAUGGCAUAAUCAGAAUUAAUGUAAGCAAAAACGAUAAAGAAAAGGCAAAUGAGACAAAUGAUAACAAAAACACAGAUGAGAAAAAUGAUAACGAAAAGUCAAAUGAAGCCUCUGCAGACUCAACUUCAGGGGAACCAGAACAAGAAGCUGCACUCCAAGAGCAACAAAAGGGAGAAACCAGUGAGCAGAACCCGGAAGAUCCUGAAGAACCCAAGGAACAUGAUGAGACCAGCUAACAUGUUCAGCAUGUGGCCGAAUGUUGUUGAUCUAAAACUCCCAUGAUUCCUGUAUAUUUGAUGGAAUUGUAUUUCAACAACAGAGGACAAGAGUUUGUAUCCCUGUUCUACAUAACGGCCACUCGCCUGUACCGCAAACAUGUAGGUGCUACACACUGAGCCAUAUUGGAAAGCAUCACUUCUGUAUAGAAUUCUGCAUUGCCUUAUUUUGCUAUGCUGCUAAAUGGAAACUGUAAACUACAAUACUGUUAUAAGGGAUUUAUUUUAAUUUUUUUAGGUGGGUUGCUUAAUUUUGUACUCCUUUAAUACAAGUCGUCUUUAUAAGGUAAUGAUAACGAGGCCUGCUAAAGGUAUUUUCUACAGUUUUUAGCUUUAAUAUAGCAGUCAUUUUUAUUUAUGUUUUCAA